GUGUCAAAGCAUUUGUGGAGAAGAAAGGCGAGACCUUGUACAAUGUCUUCCUCAAUGAAUUGAACCACAACAUCAAGAGGGAGUUCGACCAAUUCAGGAAGGCGCCGCCUCUGCCGGUGUUGCAGGGCCAUCCGAACUUUGCAGGGGCUGCCUUAGCUGUUCGAGGGCUCAUGCUGCGAAUCCAGCAGCAGAUGGCAGAGUUGGAUCAGCUCUGCUACCUCGACUCCUGUCGAGAGCAGGAUGCCUGCCGCGACCUCUACAGCAACAUGCACAGCAACAUGGAGUCCUUUGUGCUGACGACCUUCCAAGACUGGGUGCAAGAGCUGAAAAGCAUGGAUGAUCAGAAUCUCUCCAAGCGGCUCCAGGUGAACCUCCUCGUGAAGUCGGAG